CCAAAAAAACGCCGUGCCAGGGAAGAAAAGCAGCGCCCGAGGGUCCUCAGGCUGCACUGCCUGAGGAGCUUUUUUCCACGCCGUGGGGGUGGGGAAGGUGGAAAGCGUCCUCUCAGCCCGAAACACGACACCCCGUCACGAGCACCUUUCCGACAACAGAUAAGCAAGCCGGGCUCCAGGGAGGCUCCCGGAGGUGGAGCUUGGCUGCGGAAGUGAAGAGAGAGCCGGAAACGAAGCGGUAGGCCUGGGCUGGGCUCCGAGGAACUCCCCGCUGCUGGACAGCCUAGGUUGACUCUCGGAGGGCGCCUCAGGUGAGGCGGGGGCCCCCUUUCCCCUUGUAGGCCGCGGCCUUGUCGGGAGGGAGCGACCAGGCCUCUCGCCUGCCCGCCCUCCCUACCGCCGCCGCCGCCGCCAUGCACGACGCCUUCGAGCCGGUGCCGAUCCUGGAGAAGCUGCCGCUGCAGAUCGACUGCCUGGCUGCCUGGGAGGAAUGGCUGCUUGUUGGGACAAAACAAGGACACCUCCUCCUUUACAGAAUUCGAAAGGAAACGGGAGAAGUUGCGUCAUCAGAAAGUGGCUGUUGCAACAGGUUUGAAGUGACUCUAGAAAAAUCAAACAAGAACUUCUCUAAGAAGAUUCAGCAGAUCCAUGUUGUGUCCCAGUUUAAAAUUUUGGUCAGUUUAUUAGAAAACAACAUUUACGUUCAUGAUCUGUUGACGUUUCAACAGAUAACAACAGUUCCCAAGGCGAAAGGUGCAACUCUCUUCACCUGUGACCUGAAGCACACUGAAACAGGGGAAGAGGUUCUACGGAUGUGUGUGGCAGUACGAAAGAAGUUACAACUCUAUUAUUGGAAGGACAGAGACUUCUAUGAGCUGCAGGGAGACUUGAGUGUUCCUGAUGUUCCAAAAUCAAUGGCAUGGUGUGAAGAUUCAAUUUGUGUGGGUUUCAAGAGGGACUAUUAUCUAAUAAGGGUGGAUGGGAAAGGAUCCAUCAAAGAACUUUUCCCUACAGGAAAGCAGCUUGAGCCAUUGGUAGCCCCUUUGGGAGGUGGCAAAGUUGCCGUAGGCCAAGAUGAUCUGACUGUUGUGUUAAAUGAAGAAGGGACCUGUACGCAGAAAUGUGCCUUGAAUUGGACUGAUAUCCCAAUAGCUAUGGAAUAUCAGCCUCCUUAUAUUGUGGCGGUACUGCCCAGAUAUGUAGAAAUUCGUACUUUUGAGCCACGUCUCCUGGUGCAGAGUAUUGAGCUACAAAGACCACGCUUCAUUACUUCAGGAGGUACAAAUAUUGUUUAUGUGGCCAGCAAUCAUUUUGUUUGGCGUCUUAUUCCGGUUUCCAUCGCAACCCAGAUUCAACAGCUUCUCCAAGACAAGCAAUUUGAAUUGGCUCUUCAGUUGGCGGAUAUGAAGGAUGACUCUGACAGUGAAAAGCGACAACAGAUUCAUCACAUUAAGAACCUCUAUGCCUUCAACCUUUUUUGUCAAAAGCGUUUUGAUGAGUCCAUGCAAGUCUUUGCCAAACUUGGGACAGAUCCUACUCAUGUGAUGGGUCUCUAUCCUGAACUAUUGCCCAGUGAUUACAAGAGGCAGCUCCAGUAUCCUAAUCCAGUUCCAGUUCUGUCCCCAGCAGAGCUUGAGAAAGCACACCUGGCACUUAUAGAUUACCUAACCCAGAAAAGAAGUCAACUAGUGAAGAAGCUGAAUGACUCAGACCACCAGUCCAGCACUUCUCCGCUUAUGGAGGGGACCCCCACCAUCAAAUCCAAAAAGAAGUUACUGCAGAUCAUUGACACCACCCUCUUGAAAUGCUACCUCCAUACUAAUGUAGCCCUAGUGGCGCCACUGUUGCGACUCGAGAACAAUCACUGCCAUAUUGAGGAAAGUGAACAUGUGCUCAAGAAAGCUCACAAAUACAGUGAACUGAUUAUACUAUAUGAGAAGAAAGGUCUUCAUGAAAAAGCCUUGCAGGUGCUAGUGGAUCAGUCAAAAAAGGCUAACUCACCUUUGAAGGGGCAUGAGAGGACGGUGCAGUAUUUACAACAUUUAGGCACUGAGAACUUGAAUUUAAUAUUUUCCUAUUCUGUUUGGGUGCUCAGAGACUUCCCUGAAGAUGGAUUGAAAAUAUUUACAGAAGAUCUUCCUGAGGUGGAAUCCCUUCCACGAAGAAAGGUUCUCAACUUUUUAAUAGAGAACUUUAAAAAUUUGGCUAUUCCCUACUUGGAACACAUCAUCCAUGUCUGGGAAGAGCCUGGUUCAGAGUUUCACAACUGCCUGAUUCAGCUCUAUUGUGAAAAAGUACAAGGCUUAAUGAAGGAAUAUCUCAGCUCUUUUCCUCCAGAUAAGACACCAACGCCAGCUGGAGAGGAGGAGGGUGAACUAGGAGACUACCGGCAAAAACUGCUGUUCUUUCUUGAGACAUCCAGUUGCUAUAAUGCUGAGCAGCUCAUCAGUGACUUUCCCUUUGAUGGUCUUCUGGAAGAACGCGCUCUCCUGUUGGGACGGAUGGGAAACCACGAACAAGCCCUUUUUAUAUAUGUUCACAUCCUGAAAGAUACUAAAAUGGCUGAGAACUAUUGUCACAAGCACUAUGACAGAAGCAAAGAGGGCAACAAAGAUGUAUACUUGUCUCUGCUCCGGAUGUAUCUCUCGCCACCUAGUGUUCAUUGUUUGGGACCAAUUAAGAUGGAACUAUUGGAGCCUCAAGCUAAUCUCCAGGCUGCACUGCAAGUUUUAGAACUUCAUCAUAGCAAGUUGGAUACUACCAAAGCAAUAAAUCUCCUUCCAGCAAAUACUCAAAUUAGUGAGAUCAAAAUCUUCCUCGAAAAAGUUCUAGAAGAAAAUGCCCAGAAGAAGCGAUUCAAUCAAGUACUUAAAAACCUUCUCCAUGCUGAAUUCUUGAGAGUACAGGAGGAAAGGAUUUUGCAUCAGCAAGUUAAAUGUAUAAUCACAGAAGAAAAGCUCUGCAGUGUGUGUAAAAAGAAGAUUGGAAAUAGUGCCUUUGCCCGCUAUCCCAAUGCAGUAGUUGUACAUUAUUUCUGUUCCAAAGAAGUUGGCACGACAGACACCUGAAAGCCCUACUGUAACGUAGACUGUGAUGGCCGCUGUGCUCAUAUGAAUGGAGAUGGAAGAGCAUUAAGACAAGCAACUGAUGCUUCUAAGGAAUCUUCUGUGGGCAUGUUGCUGACAAAUGACUUGACCUGUCCUGUGCUUUACCAGAUGACUCCAUUGUAAUCUGCCAGUAUUGGUUUUGUAGGAAAACAGACAUUUUAAGGAUUUUUUAAUAUACUCAACAGCAGGUUAACUUCAUAGCACCCUCAGCAUGAGGGGAAAUGAAAAUGAAAUAGAAAUGAGACCACUCUGCCACUCUGGAUUUUGCAACAACUCGCAUUCCGAGGAAGAUAUUAAAAAACAAGAUGUUAAAGAAGCAAAAAUGCAUGGGUUUUUUGCAUUUGAAAUUCUGAUCAUAGGUGGCGAAAUUCCCUAUUAUAGGUUAAUUGUCAUUGCAUUGUGUUCUCUAAUCAGCUAUUUGGAAUCAAGUACUUCCAGAAGGUCUGUAUCUAGAUUUCCCUUUCUCCAAGUAUUGGGAAUAAAUUGAUAUUGGCCAGUAAACAUAAUACUUCCCAACCCCCACCUGAAGUGGUUAUCACCAUUAUUAUAUGAAAGUUCCAAAGGAACUAAUCUCUGCCAGUUCUAAUGUUCAGAACUGGUAAAUGUGUAUUUUUUUAGUUUUGUUUUUGAGAGGCAUGUUUAUAUUAAUGGGCGUACUAUUUGCACUAUGUAUAGUCACUCCCCCUAUGUGUGGAAUGAAAAGUGGCAAUAGUUUUCUGAAGAGAAAGGGAGCUAGCACCUGCACUUGUACAAAAAAAAAUGAAAAGAAAACCUCUUAAAUUUCAAUCUUUAAAAAAAAUCUCAUAUGGAAAGAGUGUAUGUUUUUGAUAUUGGUUGGACCUUCUCUUCUGUACUUUGUAGACACCAUUCCAUUGAUUAAAUCUUUGUGUACUCUCCCCACUGUGAGUAAAGCAGAUGCUUAUUUAAAUGUCACUACUAAGUUCUUUGUACUGUUCAUGAUGAUGCUCUUCCAUGGCUUAUAUAUGGACACAUACAUCUCAACACUUUUUAAAACUGCAAAAUGCUCAUUU